AUGGCGUGGGAAAGAGGGCACGACGUCGAGGGCUUCCCGCUCAUCGCAGACGACUCUAGUAGCACCGACACGCGCAUUGGUGCGGAACCCAAUGGCACCGCGACGAGUCGUUCUGUGCCCAAGCUCAUCUCGUCGAAGAGAUGGCAGGUGUCGUCUCCAAAGGCCGUGCUGAGGCUGGCGGCGUUGUUCAAGUUUCUCAUUGUUAUCAGCGGCACGUUGAUUAUGCUUCCGUUCUUUAGAAUUCUGGAAGAUGUGUUUUGUCACAGGCACUUUAAUGACACUUCUCCGGGGUUCUUGGAUGAGAGGAAGUGUAAGGAUGAUGGGGUCCAGAAGAAGCUGGCUUAUUUCUUCGGGUGGUUUGCACUGGUAAACGGCAUCGUAGGUGUCGUCAUUGCUUUACCCUACGGAUCAAUUGCCGACAGGAUCGGCCGGAAGCCCGUCUUAAUCUUCUCUUACGGAGGCGUGUGUUUCUCGUUCGCCACGUCGCCCAUCUAUCUCCACUACUUUCGGGAUUUCAACCCGUAUUACAUGCUCAUCGGAUGUUUCCUCCAAGCCUUUGGCGGGGGAAUACCGGUUUCUAUGAGCACGUUGUACGCGAUCGCUACUGACGUGACUGUGGAGGAGAACCGGGGAUCGAGUUUCUUGCUCCUCAUGAUCGGUGCGACAACAGGCGGGUUGCUCGGGCCGCUCAUCUCGGGUAUCCUCAUGGAGAUCUUCCAUCCUUGGGUACCGAUUUACGUUGUCGCAGCAAUGUCUCCGUUCGUGAUUGCACUCAUGUUCCUCCUUCCCGAAACGCUCCAGCGCAAGACGCCAUCUGAAGAUGACGACGAGGACCAAGGUCUCGCCGACUGGCUUAAGACCCAUAUCACCGAAUCCCUCAAACAAGUCCGCGAAUCAUUCCCUCUACUACGAAACACGAACCUCACCCUCAUCCUCGUCGUCUUCUUCAUCAGCAACCCCCUCGGCGUCGCGUACUCCAUGACUCUCGUCCAAUACGUCAGCAAGGAAUUCGGCUGGGACAUCGCACAAACAAGCUAUCUCCUCUCCCCGCUCGGGAUUCUUACCAUCGCCGUCCUGGGCGGCCUUCCCAAGAUUGGCGACAUUCUCGUCUCUCGCUUCAAAAUGACGCCUUUCCAGAAAGACUACCUCCUGGGCGGACUCUCUCUCACCUUCCUUGCCCUCGGAGCCCUGAUCGAAGGGUUCAGCCCUUUCAUCAGCGUCUUUCUCUUCGGCCUCUUCGUGGGCACCUUCGGAGCCGCGUAUACCCCUCUCGCCCGCGCUCUUCUGACGCAUUAUGUCGAGUCGCGACUCACGUCGCGACUCAUGGCUCUCGUCAAUAUCGUCGAGACAGCGGGGUCCUUUUUCGGUGGGCCUGUUUUGGCGUUGUGUUUCCAGAUCGGCCAGGAUAAAGGUGGACGCUGGAAGGGUUUGCCUUUCCUUUACAUCGCGGGCUUGUGUACUAUUGCCCGUAUCUGCCUGCUGUUUAUUCGGGCGCCGGAACAGAAGGUUGAGGAAGAGGAAGAGGUGCCUCUGGGUGAAGCCGAUCUGGACUCGGAUGAGCCGGACGAGCCGGACGCGCCCUUGAUCUCUUUAUGA